AUGGCGGAUUUAGAGGAGGGAGGAUCUCAAAGUCAUCUCGCAAAAGGCACCUUAAAGAAAUACAUUGUUGUAUUUGAUCCUUUGGAUGGAUCCUCAAAUAUUGAAUGUGGUAUUUCUAUUGGAACUAUCUUUGGCAUUUACGUAGCGAAGGACAAAGAUAAAGUUACACUUGAUGAUGUCUUGCAACCUGAGAACAGAAUGUUAGCAACUGGUUACUACAUUGGCGGAAUCGAGCAGUGCAGACAAACUAGCAGUGUAAUACAGAUAGCAACACCCACAUGGAUGACGAGCAACAACAACCAUGAACAACUCAAGCACUCACUAGCAAAGGGAGGCGUAGCAAGAUGCAAGCAGUCAAGCAUAGACAAAGGAGAGUGGCGACAUGUGAGCACACGACGCGAAAGAUCCAGCGAGAGGUGCGACGAUAGCACACGAGCGUGCAUUGGUGGUGAACGGAGGUGGCCAAGCUGCUGA